AUGAGCGGCAUCAGACAACGGACGCCGUUGACGGCGACGGGGACCGCUACCACGACCGUAACCCUAGAUCAGGCCUCUUCGUCCUCUUCCUCUUCGCAGCAGCAACAGCCGCUAAUCCUAACUAUGGAGCUGAAUCGGAGAAAGAAGAAGGUCACUUGGAAGGAAGGCACGGUCGACAAUGAAUUUCUGAAUAAAAAGAGCUCCAAGAAGUGCUGCAUCUUCCACAAGGAGAAAUCUUUCGACCAUGACGACAGCGAAGACGACGGUGAUGGCUGUGAUCGUCCCAACAAGGACGGCGAUCACGAUCAUGGCCAUGGUUGCUGCUCUAACAGAUUAGUCAAAGUCCUUAUUGCAUCAGAAGAGUGCAAUGAUCUCACUGAUGGGAUUGGCACUGAAAUGGGAUAA